UUGAACCCCAUGUCAACACAAGGCAUCGAAAGGUUCCACGCAAUGAUGAUACAGUCGAACAUAUGGAUGAACAUCUAGGGAAUCUAUCAAUUUUCACUCAUUCCGGUAGGCCACUGGGAAAAGGAAAGGUUAGAUAUCUCACAGAACAAGAAUUUCAAGCAGCACAAAUGUACAUCUUGUUGAAUUGUAUAGAAGUAAAACCGUACAUUGACAUUUUUGUUAAUGAGUUACACAUGGCCAAUCCAAAUAUCAAUGAUAAACAAGUUGAUGAGAAACUAGAGCGUGAAUUUGACAAGUGGUUCAAUAAAUAUGUUCACAAUCCCUCCAACAAUAUAUCAAGCCAGUUUUUAAAGGAUCUAUCAAAGGGUCCAUUAAGAAGUGUUAUGUCCUACAAUAGUUAUGUAGUUAAUGGUUAUAAAUUUCACACUAAAAGUCAUGGUUCGCAUAGGGCAACGAUGAACAGUGGGGUAUGUAUCAAGGGGACUAAUUACAGUAGUAAUGAAAGUGACUACUAUGGACAAUUAAUUGAAGUGCUACGAUUGGAGUACCCUGGAUUACCAAUCAAAAGAACUGUAUUGUUUAAAUUUGAAAUUAAUGAAGAGGAUGUUGAAGAUGAAGAAGAGCUUGAGUUGGACUCAGAAAGCGAUGAGGAAUGCGAUGAUGAUGCGAGGCAACGGUCGCAGGGGAGGUUUGUUGGGUCAUUCACAGUCAAGGCAGUUACCUGUGCAGGAUGA